AUGGCAACAGCAGCCCAGCCCCAGAAAUGCGUCCACAAGGGCUGCGGCAAAAAGUUCACUGACCCCUCCGACCCACCCUGCAUCUACCACCCCGGCCCUCCCGAGUUCCACGAAGGCCAGAAGGGCUGGAAGUGCUGCAAACCGCGCGUCCUGACCUUCGAUGAAUUCCUCGAAAUCCCACCCUGCACAACCGGCCAACACUCGGCCGUUGACGACGGACCCAAGGUUGAGUUCUCGGACACCAGCAAGAUCGGGCAACCAGACGAGGUGCUACCGAAGGAGGAGGAAGUCCGUAAAGUCAAGCCGCUGAGUGAAAGAGCCAAGGAGAGUCUGGCAGCCAGUGUCGCGCAGGCGCAAGCCCAGCCGAUCGGGACGCCGCGGAGUAGCACGCCGCAGCCAGCUCUGGAGGAGGAUAGCGAUGAGGAGACGGACGAGAUCCCACAAAAUGCGUCAUGUAAGCGAAAGGCGUGUGGUGAGCGAUUCGCCGGCGGGAAGAGGGUGAGGAGCGAGGAGAAAUGCGUGUUUCAUCCUGGUGUACCGGUCUUUCAUGAGGGCAGCAAGGGGUACACGUGUUGCAAACGGAGGGUGCUGGAAUUCGACGAAUUCAUGCGGAUCAAGGGCUGUAAAGAAAGAGAGGGGCAUUGCUUUGUCGGCAAGAGGGAGAAGGCGAGAGAGGCGGAGAAGAAGGCGCAGCAAGGUUCCGAUGGGGCAGCGGGAGAGGAGAAGGUGGAAGAGGUCAGGACGGACUACUACCAGACCGCAACGUCCGUCAUAGUGUCGUUUUUCCUGAAGAAGAUCAGGAAGGAAGACGCCAAGGUCGUGUUUGGGGCCGGGGGCGAGAACGGGUAUGUGGACCUGGAUCUGCCAACGGCCGACAACAAGCGCUUCAAGCAACGAGUGGUCUUCUGGGCCGAGAUCGACCCGGAGAAGAGCUCGAGUAAAGUGAUGGGCACCAAGCUGGAGCUAAAUGUGGCAAAGAAAGGGGACGGGAUGACCGGCUGGCCAGUGCUAAAGCAGGGCGAUCGAGAGACCGGUGAGCGAAUACAGAUCGGACGCGCGGGUCGAGCGUAA